AUGCCAGUGUGCUCGAUUAGUACCCAUUUCGAUUUGCAGACAGAGGAGGAUAAAAAGCUCGAGGAAGACCUCAAUAUGCUCGUGCAGCGUCUGACUGAAAAUAACAGUACUCUCCACCAACCGUCGCUGGAAACUAUGCGUUCUCUGAUUCGUUCAUCAACCACAUCUAUGACUUCCGUCCCGAAGCCACUUAAAUUCAUGCAUCCCCAUUUUUCAAAAAUGAAGCAGGUGUUCGAGAAAAUGCAGCCAGGACAAACAAAGAGACUCUGUGCCGACAUCAUUUCGGUCCUGGCCAUGUGUUCCGAUGAGAAGAACGAUUGCAUCAAUUUUCGAUUGAUGGGAAUGCAUGAGCCGAUUGGUGACUGGGGUCAUGAGUACGUUCGCCAUCUUGCCAUGGAAUUGACAGACGAGUGGAAGAAAGCAUCUGACGGUUCAGAAAAAGGCAAGGUUAGGCGGAAUGAACUUCUUAUGCUUGCAAAGGAUAUCGUUACGCACAAUAUGAAGCACAACGCAGAAGUGCGUUUGGUUUUCUGUUCAGUUAAUCGAGUUCUUUGA